AUGGCAAGUAGCAACAUUGUUCCUUUCCAAGUCCCUAUGCUCACCAAGAGCAACUAUGAUAAUUGGAGCAUCAAGAUGAAGGCCCUCCUUGGAUCACAAGAUGUGGAUAGCUUGAAGGAUUCAAGAAAGAGAGACAAGAAAGCUCUCUAUCUCAUCUAUCAAGGAUUGGAUGAAGAUGAUUUUGAGAAAAUUUUGGAGGCAGCCACCGCAAAGGAAGCAUGGGAGAAGCUACAAACCUCUUACAAGGGUGCUGAGCCGGUCAAGAAGAUAGAUGAUGUAAAAAUUAUGGAGAAAAUUUUGCGAUCUUUAGACUCGAAAUUCGAUCAUAUUGUCACUGUCAUAGAAGAAACAAAAGAUUUGGAAGCUAUGACAAUAGAGCAACUCUUGGGCUCCUUACAAGCAUAUGAGGAUAAGCAAAAGAAAAAGCAAGGGAUUGGUGAACAAUUACUCAAGACACAACUCAACUUCAAAGGAAAGGAAGAAGACUUUGGCAACACAAGAGGACGAGGAGGAUAUCGUGGUCGAGGAAGAGGUCGUGGAUGUGGAAGUAUAGGCUUCAACAACAACUAUGCCCAUGAAGAUCGAGGAGAAAGCUCAACAAGAGGUCGUGGAAGAGGUGACUUCCAACCAAGGCGUGACAAAUCACAAAUCAAGUGCUACAACUGUCAAAGGUUCGGCCAUUAUGCUUCUGAAUGUAGAGCCCCUACAAGGACGAUUGAGGAGAAGGCAAACUAUGUGGAAGAGAAAAGUCAAGAAUAUGGCACUCUGUUGAUGGUACGCAACGACAAUGUAGGAGAACAGGAGAAUACAUGGUAUCUAGACUCGGGGGCAAGUAAUCACAUGUGUGGAAAAAGAAACAUGUUCAUGGAACUUGACGAAUCGGUGAAUGGAAAUGUCUCAUUUGGAGAUGAAUAA